CAUUACCAACAUGGUAUUUUGAGUGCAAGCAGUAACUGAAUUACAUGUUUGGUGUUUGUACUUUAGAUGAAGCCUUUUACUGGAACGCCUUUGGCCUUUUGGAAGCUUAAAUGGCUGCUAUAGUUAAUGAGCCCUGUCAUCAUGGAUGUGAGCAUCCAACCGAUCAUUCCAGCCUAGAAAUAGAUAUUUUUAAAGCGACCCAGCUUGGAGACCUCAACAAAUGCCGUCAAAUUGUUCAAACAGAGGGACCUGAAAUUUUGUACACAGUUGAUCAAAAAGGUCAUUCCCCCAUACACUGGGCAUCUCUAGCUGGAUAUAAUGAUAUUGUGAAGUUUUUUAUUGAGUCCAAUGCUCCAGUAAACAAAGAAAGCAACAAUGAACUUGCACCAAAACCUAUUCACUGGGCAUGUGUAAAUGGUCAUAUUGUUACAGUAGAUAUACUUUUACAGAAUGGAGCAUCAAUUGACACAACUGACAACAGGAAUUGUACCCCCUUGAUUUAUGCAGCACAGUAUGGAAAAACAAUGCUAGCAGGCUAUUUAAUUGGUAAAGGGGCUAGAAAAGAUCUUACAGAUAUCGAUGGGGAUAAUGCUUUGCACUGGGCAGCUUUCAAAGGCUACUCUGAGAUGGUCCAACUUUUGUUAUACAGUGGCUUCAAUCCUCGGCAAAGGGAUACUCUCAAUCAGACACCUCUCCAUCUUGCUUGUCUGAGUGGAAACCUGGCAACUGUCAAGCUGAUUGUUGAUCAGGAUGCUGAUUUGUUUUUGAAAGACAACAAUGGGAAAACACCACUUGAUCUGGCAACAGGCAGAUCGUACAAAAAUAUAAUGGAAUAUCUGAGAAGAAAGAUGAGGAUGGAUACCGUGUUUAGCUUCUGGAAACGUAUUUUGGGAUCAACUGCAAGCGACAAGAAAUGGCUGUACUUCUUCUUGAUCUCUCUUCUCUGUUUUAGUUAUCCAAUGUACUUCUAUCAUUUCAAUUACUUAUGGACAGUAGAGCAAUACUGGAAUAUUAUUUUCAUAUCGCUUAAUGUGAUUAUGUGGUAUUCGUUCAUAAUAACGUCAAAGGCUGAUCCAGGAUUUCUGCCUUGCAAUUCAGACGAGUAUGAUCUGUCAUUGAAAAAGGUAGCUGUUCAUAAAGAAUGGGAGAUAAACUCUGAAGACAAUCCGCUCUCUCGCCUUUGCCACACUUGCCGGUUGCUUCGACCUCCACGGUCAAAGCAUUGCAGAAUAUGCAACAGAUGUGUGCUAAUGAUGGAUCAUCAUUGCGAUUACAUUUAUAAUUGCGUUGGACCGAAAAACAGGGCCAUAUUUCUGGUGUUUUUUAUCGUGACAAUGACAUCAUCAUAUAUUGCCAUUUACCUGGCCCGGCUUGUAGUCAAAGAGUACGGAUACACAGUUUUUAGAGUUCUUUUUUUCAUGCUGUAUGGGCUGGCAUCACCUCUUUUCACAUACACGCUUCUUGUCAUUAUCGCACAAAUAUCUCUAAAUCUUACAACGAAUGAGAGAGUGAACAUCCUGCGAUAUUCAUACCUGAGAGACCCCCAGAGUGGAACCUAUCGAAAUCCGUACGAUAAAGGGGUCAUCAAGAAUUGGUUAGAGUUUUUUCAUCUUCUUCCAUCUGAAAAGCCGAAUCGUAUAGACAUUUAUGUUUAAAUCUUUUGAUAUGUUUUGAUUUGAUAUUCUAUUCUAUGCAAUGAUGGACACGCUUGAUCUUACUGGGAAAACUUCUAGGUCUAAAACGGGAUCACUUUAAUUCGCAACAGUCUGUUUCUCUCGAUUAAAGGAAUUCUAAAAUUUGAACUGUUUAGUCUUUCGUGCAAAAAGUUUGAGUUUUUAAAAGAAAUACGCUCUUUGCUGUCGAUAAACGUUUUAUCUAAUGUUUCCGCACAUUAAUACCUUCCUUUGAUAUGCUUUAUCCUCUUCCCAAUUCAAUGCUACUUGGAAAAUCUAUUUGCCAGCCGUACUUUUAUAUUAUGGAAAAUAUUACAAACUUAGUUGGCUAUUUCCUGGUUGUGUUUCUGUCUUUUGUACACUUACGCAUUUAAAAAGUUUGCUAGUUAACGCGUAAACAUUAGAUCUAUGAUAUAGGUGUUUAAUAGAGAAAGAGUUUAUAAGAAAGUAAAUUAAUAAAGUUUGGUGGAUUCAAUGGAAAGUUAACACUUUAGUGUGAAUCUUUCUAGCUAUGAAGAAUUCAUUCUCUUUGUUACUGACGCUUAACCAUUAGGCAGGGUAAACCAUGUUACCGAGAAUUUUUUUGCAUUUUUAGGCAGAACUAUUCAAAUUUAUCAGGACAUUCCACGCUUAUUUUAUCAAUACAGUGAAAUCUUUAAUAACGGUCACCUUUGUGCAACGGCUACCUCCAGAUAUGCGGCCAGUGGAGAAAGUCCCUGCUGAAUUUGGUCAAAACCUCCGCACAGCGGCCACUUCUAAUCAACGGCCAAACGGCCACUUGGGAGUGCUCCAGUGCCUUAUUCUUCCUCGAGUAACAGUCAAACAGGCUACCUUUCGCAAAGAAAUGAACUAUUUGAUAAAAAGAAUAUAUGAAAAACCUCUCCAUAUCGGUCGGUCACCUAUUAAAAAACGGCCACCAAGCUUGGUCCUCGGAAGUGGCCGCUAUUAGAGGUUCGACUGUAGUAAAAGACUCACGGUUAUUUGAUUUGAAACAUGAGAUUUCAUUUGAUCCAUGUGACUUGUUUUGAUAAGCAGUUUAAUUUGAACCAAGUUAUUUUUUUUCUACAUUUGAUUUGAUGAUACACGAGAUAAGAGUUGAUCUAUUUGACUUGAUUUGAUAUCUGUAAAUGAUUUGAUUAUAUGAUUUGGUCUCAUUCAUCUGAUUUGAUUUGAUUUGAUUUAGUACACUUGAUUUGAUUUGAUUUGAUAUGAUACACUUAUUUGAUUUGAUUUGAUUUGAUUUGAUUUGAUUUGAUUCGAUUUGA